CUGAAGUUCCCACCUUGGGCUCAUCAGCCGCCAAAGUGCAGCGUGGCUGAGCUUUAUCUUUGGUUUCUCAAGUCUCUUUGCUGGAAGAGAGAGAGGGUUAUGAGUCACAAGGGUGACUUCUCUAUGUUGUGUGGGACAGUCAUUCCUGGAAGUAAGAUGAAGAAGGAUAAGAAGAGGUUGAAGAUGUCUGCCCAGAGGUUAAUUUCUAACAGAACUUCCCAGCAAUCGGCAUCUAAUUCUGAUUACACCUGGGAAUAUGAAUAUUAUGAGAUUGGACCAGUUUCCUUUGAAGGACUAAAGGCUCAUAAAUAUUCCAUUGUGAUUGGAUUUUGGGUUGGUCUUGCAGUCUUCGUGAUUUUUAUGUUUUUUGUGCUGACCUUGCUGACCAAGACAGGAGCCCCACACCAAGACAAUGCAGAGUCCUCAGAGAAGAGAUUCAGAAUGAACAGCUUUGUGUCAGACUUUGGAAGACCUCUGGAGCCAGAUAAGGUAUUUUCUCGCCAAGGCAACGAGGAGUCCAGGUCUCUCUUUCACUGCUACAUCAAUGAGGUGGAACGCUUGGACAGAGCCAAAACUUGUCACCAGACCACAGCCCUUGACAGUGAUGUUCAACUCCAGGAAGCCAUCAGAAGCAAUGGGCAGCCAGAGGAGGAGCUGAACAGGCUCAUGAAGUUUGACAUCCCCAACUUUGUGAACACAGACCAGAACUCCUUUGGGGAGGAUGAUCUUCUGAUUUCUGAACCACCUAUUGUUCUGGAAACUAAGCCACUUUCCCAGACCUCACAUAAAGACCUAGAUUGAGAAACAUGCUCUGUAAAGGGUCUUCCUGAAGAUGUGGAUUCUAUCUUUAUGUGGCAAGAAAUCUACACCCACCAAAACUGUGUGUGUUUGGGGGAGAGAGAGGCACAGAGAUAGAGACAGAGAGACAGAGAAGAGACCCCUUUAGAAUAGAGCUGAGCUGAUUAAGCUGAAUGGUUUUUUGUUUUGCUUUGUUUUUGCUUUUUAAUACAUUUGGAGCUUUGGUGGUAUUAAAGUAUUUACAACAAGCUUGUCCAACCCAUGGCAUGUGUCCCAGGACAGCUUUGAAUGUGGCCCAACACAAAUUUUAAACUUUCUUAAAACAUUAUGAGAUUUAAAUUUUUUUUUUUUUUUUUUUUUUUUUUAUUUUUUUAAAGCUCAUCAGCUAUCGUUAGUGUUAGUGUAUUUUAUGUGUGGUCCAAGACAACUUUUCUUCCAAUGUGGCCCAGGGAAGCCAAAAGACUGGACACCUCUGAUUUAUACUAGUUCAUCUUCCUUGUUCAAAAAUUUGGCCAAAUCGUUAUUGUCAGCAUUCUUGGGUGAGGAUUAGCCUACCACGUUCUAAUCUGGCCCUGCCACUACCAUGCUCUACCUUUAGCAAGUUGCUUUACCUCUCUGGGCUGCCCCAUUUUUAAGUGUAGGUUGACGUGUCUGGAGUGAUCCAUCCCACCUCUAAUAUUUUGUGAAUUUAUGACUUUGCCUUCAGAUGAGGCUAAGCUAUACACAAAACAGUAUAAACUAGGGUACUGCCUCAUACCUCUCGUAGGCUCUCCCAAAUCUCUGUACCUUCCACUCAACCCUUAAUUGAACCAAGCUUUAGUCAGGGGGUCUGAGUAUCUACCAGAAUGUCAGGAGACUCAUCUUGCACAGUCACGGUGACCAGUGUUUCUGGUGGGUUGUGCUGAAACAGCUUUUCUGAAAACUUCCAACCACCCAUGCUCUAACCUGGGGACAGCCAUCCCGUGCCUCAGAAUAAGUACCAAUUCAUAGGUCAUGCAUGGUACUCUUGUCCCCAAGAAGAGUUAGGAAGGUUGUCAGCUGAGUGAGGGGAGGUGCCUUCUGGGUAUCUCUGUGUUGGUGUAUCUGUGCCAUUGACUACAGAACAAGAAAAAUACUAUUUGCCAUGCUAUUACCUUGGCAGAUGUGUGGGUGAUAGUCAUCUGUAUUUGAGUUGAGAUGGUCAGUGGGUUGUAAAUUCCCCACUAGCAGAUAUUCAGGGUGGCCUGAGUUAUGUAAACUUGUGAGCAACACAGAGUUAAUUUAUGGAGGAAUCAAAGCUGCAGACUGGUGUUAAAACAACUUGGUUUUGUGCACACAGUUGCAUGCAUGGCAAGCUGUUAAUCUCUGGGUGGCAUUUUCAUUAUGAAUUUGUUCACCACCUGUCUUGCUUAAGCUAUAAAAUAAAUGCAUUUGACUGCACAGAAA